GCGAUGAUGUUUCAGUCUCCUGUGGACCCCGGAAGUGCAACUCCAAGUUGGUCGGGCUCGGAUCCCGAGAGGGAACGUCGUAACAACCGCACGAGGGAGUUCGACUGGCGAGCUGGAAGGCCACGCCUCCUCUCGCCUACCCCCGCAGCCCUGUAGCUGGGGGCAGAGCUCAGACUGUCUUCUGAAGAUUGAUGUCUAUUUCCUUGAGUUCUUUAAUUUUGUUGCCAAUUUGGAUAAGCAUGGCACAAAUCCUGCAGGGAGGUCCAGAUGAAAAAGAAAAGACUACAGCACUGAAAGAUUUAUUAUCUAGGAUAGAUUUGGAUGAACUAAUGAAAAAAGAUGAACCACCUCUUGAUUUUCCUGAUACCCUGGAAGGAUUUGAAUAUGCUUUUAAUGAAAAAGGGCAGUUAAGACACAUAAAAACUGGGGAACCGUUUGUUUUUAACUACCGGGAAGACUUGCACAGAUGGAACCAGAAAAGAUACGAAGCUCUAGGAGAGAUCAUCACAAAGUAUGUAUAUGAGCUCCUGGAAAAGGACUGUAAUUUGAAAAAAAUCUCUAUUCCAGUAGAUGCCACUGAGAGUGAACCAAAGAGUUUUAUCUUUAUGAGUGAGGAUGCUUUGACAAAUCCACAGAAACUGAUGGUUUUAAUUCAUGGUAGUGGUGUCGUCAGGGCAGGUCAGUGGGCUAGAAGGCUUAUUAUAAAUGAAGAUCUGGACAGUGGCACACAGAUACCUUUUAUUAAGAGAGCUAUGGAUGAAGGAUAUGGAGUAAUAGUACUGAAUCCCAAUGAAAACUAUAUUGAAGUAGAAAAGCCAAAGAUACACGUACAGUCAUCUUCUGAUAGUUCAGAUGAACCAGCAGAAAAACGGGAAAGAAAAGAUAAAGUUUCUAAAGAAAUAAAGAAACGACGUGAUUUCUAUGAGAAGUAUCGUAACCCCCAAAGAGAAAAAGAAACGAUGCAGUUGUAUAUCAGAGAAAAUGGUUCUCCUGAAGAACAUGCAGUCUAUGUGUGGGACCAUUUCAUCACCCAAUCUGCAGCUGAGAAUGUAUUUUUUGUUGCUCAUAGCUAUGGAGGACUUGCUUUUGUUGAACUGAACUGUUGUAAUUGGGUCUCUAGCUCAGAACCAUUAGACACAUCAGUGGAGUCCAUGCUGCCCGACUGUCCCCGAGUCUCAGCAGGACAUUCAAAGAGGAAAUGCUUUGGGGGAGAGAACUGGAAAUGAAAUUAAAGUAACACCAGACAGCAAGAAGGCAACUCUAGACUUGGAGGCUGAAUGUAACAAAAAUAGUCUAUUUCUACAUUAUCUUAACUAGAAUGAAAAGAAAUCACAGUGUUGGGAGAAUAACUCACUCCAGAAGCUGUUACUGUCUGUCAUAAAAUGACAAGGAGCUCUCAUGACCAGUAGUCAGCAGCUAGAUGACAUUACCUGACAGAAAUAGGACUUUUUAAAGUUGUGUUAUCAAGAAAUCAAUCAAAAUAGAAAAUAUAGUAAUUUUAUACCUGUUUUAUAUUAUUCAUAAUAACUUGUUUUAUGUGAUACUGUAGUGACCCAAUUAGUUAAUGGUAUGAAUACAUUUGAGGCCAUUUUUCUUAUAGUUUAAAGUUUUCAUAAAUAAAUGACUGGAAGAAAUAAAAGCCAUAAGAAUUAGAGAAGAAAAAUUAAAACUGAAAUUAUUCACUUAUAAUUGUUUAUGUAGAAAAUUCAAAAUCUAUAGAUAAAUUUUUAGGAUGAAAAGGAUAAGUUAGCAAGGUUGCUGAAUACAAAAGCAUUACACAAAAAUCAGUUGAGUUUUUAUAUAUCAACAAGCAUUUGAAGUAGCAUCAAUAAAUAUGCAAUAUUACAAAAAUAAAGCUGAGAGACACAUCAUGUUCAUAAUUUCAGUCACUCAACAUAGUAUAGAUGUCAGUUCUCUCCAAAUUGGUAUGCAGGUUUAACAUUAUUCCUGUCAAAAUCCCAGCAAGAUAUUUUGUAGAUCUGAACUUCUAAAGUCACCAAGAUGACUCUCACUUCUGAUACCAACUGUAAGAGGAUAUCCCUAAGAUCACCUUCAGGUUUGAUCAUUUGCCAGGACUCACAGAACUCACUUCAGUGAAGGCUGUUAUAUUCACGGUGACAGUCUAACACAGCAAAAGGGUACAGAUCAGCCAAGGAAGAGGGCACGCUGGGCAGAGUCGAGGGAAGUUCCAAAGUGAGUUUCCAGCUGCCUUUUCCAGUCAAUUCAUGGACAGUGCUGUCUUCUCCCAGCAACAGUGUGUGAGAAUACUUAUGGAGUAUUACAUACCAGGGAAGCUCACCCAAGUGUUGGUGUCCAGAGUUUUACUAGGACUUAGUUAGAUUGACAUGGUUUACUGUCUGCAUGGCUAACUGUAGUCUCUAGAUGCUCCAGAGGCCCAGAUGAUACCUUUUUGGGCAAGGUCAAUCCUUUACAGUAAGUAUAGACUAGAUUAUUCUAUAAUUUAUAUAGAAAGACAAAGGAACUACUACCUACUUACUAGAAUGGACAGAAUCAGUCUAUGAUUUCAAUACAUUAUGGCAAAGAUACAUAGAAACUAGAUCACUCAGACAUUGCUGGAAAGAAUCUAAAAUGGUACGGUAACUGAAAAACAGUGGCAGUUUCUUGAAAAACUAAACAUGCAACUAAUGUGCAGCCCAGCAACUAUACCCUUGGGCAUUUAUCCCAUAAAAACAAAGAUUAUUUCACAUAAAAAUUUGUACAUGAAUGUUUAUUGCAACUUUAGUCAUAAUAGCCAUAAACUGGAAACUACCCAGAUUUCCAUGAACAUGGAAAUGGUUAAACAAACUGUGAUACAUCCAUACCAUAGAAUACUACUCAGCAGUAAAAAAGAACAAACUAUUGAUACACACAUCUAAAUAAAUCUCCAGAGAAUUAAGCUGAAUGACAAAAGCCAAUCCCAAAAGAGUACAUAUGGUAUGAUUCCAUUUAUAUAACGUUCUUGAAGUGAUAAAAGUAUAGAACUGAAGAAUAUAUUAGUGGUUUCCAGGGGUUAAGGAGGGCCCAGAAAGGGAAGUAGGCGCGGCUAUAAAAGGCCAUAGGUGAUCUUUGUGAUGAUAGAAAUGUUCUGUAUUUUAAUUGCAGUAUUGACAAUAUCCUGGUUGUCAUAUUGUACUGUGGUUUUACAAGGUGUUAUUAUUGAGGAAAAUUAUAAAAGGGACAUAGUAUCAAUUUGUUAUUUCUUACAACUGCAUAUGAAUCUAGAAUUAUUUCAAAAUAAAAAGUGUAAUUGAAUUAAUGAAUGAAUGAAUAUAAAAAAUAAAGUGAUUGAGAAAGUGAUAAAACUUCAUUAGAAAGCAUUAAAAAUGACUUAAAUAAGUAGCAAGAUACAUCAUGUUUGUUGAUUGGAUGACUCAUAUUGUAAGUAUAUCAGUUCUCCCCAAAUUGGCCAAUACACUUUAGUACAAUUCCAAAUCAUUAAAUGACUGGGGCUAGUUUAUCACCUCCUCCUUCCUCUGCUUCCUUCCUCCUUUUAUUGGCUGCAAAGUAAAGGUCUGUGUGUUUGAAAGUCUGACAAACAAUACAAAAUGAUGCUAUGGAUACAAACAUUCAUGUAAUGAAUCAUCUAUGUUUUCAAAACACCAGUAGCACUUUGCUUUUUAAAUUCUCAAGUUUUUACAACCAUCAUCUGUAUGCUACCAUUUCUUUAAUUUCAAAAUGGUGAUCAUCAUCAAAAUAGUGCAAGAACCAUAGAAAAAUUCUAUGAUUCUAUGUUAACUAAUAUUUAGUAAGUAUCAGUUUUCUGGUGAAUUCUGUUUCAGACAGUUGUUUAUACAACACCUAUUAAGCCUCAACUAUGAUUUCUGGAAUAAAAAGUUUUGAAGCAUCAUCCCCAAAGAUUUGAAGAUAAAACAAGGUAUUUUUUUAAAGCAAUGUAUUUUUCAUGCCCAAAAUGACUAGUUAAGCAAAACAUGUGUAUGAUAAUGUAGUAAAGACUGGAUACAAAGUACUAAAACAUGAAGAAAAGGAGUAGAUGAUUUGGUUAAGAUUAAUCGAAAAAUGCUUACUAGAGGAGAUAAAAUAUUGAACUGGAUCUUAAAACAUACAUCUUCUGAAAAAUGUUUCUCUUUCAGUGUUUAACGAAUUUGUAAAUAUUAACUAUAUUGCAGCAAAAUGUCUGUGAAACUUUGGCUUAUCACAACCUCUCUUAAGUUUAGAUUUCUUACCUGUGAAAUGAAACUGUUGGAUGAAAUUUUAUCCACAGUCCUUUUCAUAGCUUUACUAUUUUAUGUUUGAUAUGUUUCUGUCUGCACCUAAAUUUGGACCAAGCCAAAUACAUCUUGGAAAUAAAAGCUCUUAAACAGUUAGACUCUCUGAGAGCCCUCAGUUCUGACACUUACCUAAAUUGCUUUGAUGCUAGAAAAUUGUGUUUACUAGAUAAGCACAACAUUUUAGCUAAAGAGAUCUGGAAGAUACUUUGGUUAUUUGUCAGUGCUUAUCAAACUCGUUACUCGUCAUUUCAUUGGAGAAGAAGAAAAACAUUCUACUUCCUUCAGCUUUCGUUAAAGAGUAUCCAGUUGUCACUAUAUUCAGAUUUUAGAGGAAUUUAUUUCUUAACUCUAAAAGCCAACCCAUAUACUUCAACAUAAUGUAUAUGUAUCAUUCUGUGUUGAAGAUGAGUAAAGUUUGGCCCUGCCUUCAAAAACUUUAUAAUGGUAAUUUCUUCUCUGGCUGGACUUCAGAAUCAUCAGAAUCACAGAUGCCCAAUCCCUAAGAUUUUGAAAAGGUUUAAGAAAUACCAGUUGGCCUGGGAAGAUAGGGAAUACCAAUAGAAGAAAAAUUGAGUGAUAAACCUUAAAAGAAGGCUGGAGCCAGAAAAUGGAGAGCUUUAAACCAAAUUAAAGAAUUUCAACUUAUUUGAUAGAUUAUGAGGAGCCAUUGGAUAUUUUUGAGCAGAGAAAGAGGUACAUGACACAAAUGGUAACAGAAUUUUUCAUCUGGUAGCAGGGUACAAGAUAGGGGAGAAAUUGAAGGCAAUGACACAAGUUAGAAAGUUUCUGAGUUCUAAAUGAUAGGUCAUUAAAUUUAGAGUGGUAAUGGGGGGAUGGAAAAGGAGAAACACUGGAAAAACUUGGCUGAGGUGCGUCAGGAUUUGGUAACUGAUUGGAUCAGGAGGCAGCAAACAAGGGAGGAGAAAAAAAUCAAAGAUGGCUGAGCAGCUUUGAGCUGGAGUAGCUAAGAGAAUGUUGUGUCCAUUCAUAGAAAUGAAGAACUCAGUGGAAAAGCCUGCCUGGAGAAUAAACAUACCAGUUACCUCUAGACUGCUUGCAGAAAUGGAAUUCUGUAACAUGUAUUUCCCAUCCCAACACCUUCCCACCACUCACAAUAGUCCUUCUAAGGGCUAAGAAACCAUAGGUAUCAGCAUAAAUAACAAGAGCAAAAGUGUUGGGAAAAUACUGUUUCUAGUUCACCUCCAUUUUUUUAUUUGCUACUUUAAAAUACUAUUUUAUAGACUCUUUUUCAACUCUUACUGCAUAUUACUAUUACUGUAUCAUUAAUUUAUUUAUAUGAACUAGCAGGAAAUUACUCUGCAGUAUGUAGAAGAGCAAGCAGUAGAGAAUGCUCUAAGGUGGAAGGACGUGGUAAAUGUGAUUAGGAAGGGUUAAACCCAUCAUUCUAAUUCCCCAUAAUCCAUUCACUAUUCACCACCUACCAACCAGUGUACACUUAAAAUGCAAAUCAGAUUAUAUUUCUCCUCUGCUUGAAACUCUGCAAGAAGCUCUUCCAUUGCAAAUCGGGAUAAAAUUCAAACCUGUCACUAUAGCCUGUGGCACCUCCCGUGGUGUGGAGGCCGCCUGCCUCUCUGAGUCAUGGUUCCCUUUCCCCCUCACCCAGCUUUUCAGUUGCUCUGUCGUGGCAGGCUC